AGUGUCAAUGUCAUUCACAAUCACUGUUGAAAAAUUGGAAAUCAAUGGAAAUUGGUAUUAGCUUGGAAGAUAUACCAAUAAAUUGAAUAAUUUAUUCACUUUAAGUAACACUAACACAAUGAACAGUAUUGGAGAAGAGUGUACCGAGCUUAAGAAAAAAUACGACGACUGCUUUAACAGUUGGUUCUCUGAAAGAUUUUUAAAAGGCGACCACGAUGACUCCGUCUGUGCUGGAAUCUUCAAAGUUUAUCAGGAUUGUGUAAAGAAUGCAAUGAAGCAACAAAAUAUAGAUUUCAAAGAGAUUGACAAGGAUGUCCUUGGUACAGACAGUGAGUACAAAGCCCCACCAACGGGCAGCAGUUGACACAACUUCAUCAUGUGUGCAUUGCAACUUGCUACAUGCCACAAAACGCACUACUGGAAUAGACAACUGAAACAAGAGGAAUACAAAUGUAAUGAAAAUAAUGUUGCCAUGCACAAAGUAAUCAGUGAAUUGUGAAUAAAUCAAACUUUUUUUUGUGCAACUUGCCGUGUCUAUGUAUAUGUUGUUAUUCAGUAAAAGAGAUCAGUGUUUUACAA